AUGAAACUGAAGGAUGGCAUCUUUGUAGAAGGGUCUCAGAAGAAAGGUCUAGACAACUACUUUGCUCCGGCAAUGAUUCGAGGAAAAGUGAAGGAUGAUGCUGAAGUAAAACUAGACGACGAUGAGGAUCUGAAGGAUAUCCUAGCAGGACUCAACGAUGAAGCGCUUGACAUGGAUGUUAUGGCGGAACCUGAGUUAGCUCCAUGUAGUAGUUCUGCGCGAAAUCCAUUCAAGCGAGAAGCAUCACCUACAAUCGCUCCAAGGAAGGUGAAAGUGAUGAAGUUAUCAACGCCAAUUGCCAAAAGUGCACUGGCACCAUCAAUGCGUCAAGCCCAAGCCGUUCCGCAAAAUUCCGUAAAGGCUGAAGCGCAAGCGGUAAGAACAUGUACUCCAGUUACAGUUGCUUUCUGCGCCGUCAGAAAAUGA